UCCUCAGCCCGAUUCUUGAAAAUUGAGACCGGAUUACUAGUUUAUGAUUUGAACAUAUGUCAAUCACGUACUGGAUACAAUGCGCAUGAACUGUUGAUAAGAUUAUGCUUAAUGAUCACGAUCUGCCUGGAUGGAUUGGACUACGCCUCUUAUUCCACCGGCGUAGUCAGUGAAUUGACUAGUAAUAUCAUCUAGACAUUCCGAUUCCUAAGCAGAUUGUAGACUUCUAAACUAAUGUGGUGGCAUUGAAGCUUUGUUGGCAAGGCGCGCUAGCAGGAAUUGCCCCAUCCGGAUAUAGCUUGUCUCACAUCUCCGCCAACAUGGCGGAGUUAUGACGGAGUUCCACGCUAGGCACCGAGAUACUUAUCAGGCAUCUAUAAACAAAUGAACAUAUAUAACUCCAUAUACAAUUUUCUGAUCGAGGAUUAGAUGAUCAUAAUCAUCAAUUCGCUGCAAAAGUUUCCGCCAUCAUGUCGACCUACUUCGUAACUGGAUCCUCGCGCGGUAUCGGCCUGGCGCUUGCAGGCUUGUUGGCGUCGAAACCUGAUAUCUCAAAAGUGUUUGCUUCAGCACGUAGCGAAACCGACAGCGUCAAGAAACUCGUAUCUGAAUCGAAUGGAAAAGUUACAUUUGUAAAACUCGAUGUAACGUCGGCCGACUCGAUCAAGGAAGCCGCUUCGCAAGUGGGCAAGGCUCUGGACGGCACGGGCCUUGAUGUACUCAUUAACAAUGCUGGCGUCAUGCCAUUCACACCAAACGGUCUCGAGACUAUGAAUGAUUUGGAUGAAGUCUUCAAGAUCAACGUCACCAGCGUGCACAACACGACUGCCGCGUUCCUUCCGUUGUUGAAGAAAGGGAAUCUCAAGAAGGUCAUCAACGUUUCCACCACACUCGGUUCCAUCGCUAAGGCGCAAGACUUCGCAGUCAUGCCAGCCCCGGCGUACAAAAUAACAAAAGCAGCGCUCAACAUGCUGACUGUGCAAUAUGCACUUUCCUUUGCGAAAGAGGGAUUCACAUUCGUUGCCCUGACUCCAGGAUGGAUCAAGACUGACCUGGGUGGCUCACACGCUGAUCUAUCUAUCGAGCAAGGAGUCAAUGGCGUUUACGAUGUCGUUGUACGUGUCAAUAAGGAGGAUAACGGGAAAUUCUUCAACAUCCAUGUCCCUGGCUGGGAGAACGCAGAUGGUCCCAAUCAGUAUGACGGAAAGGAGGUUUCGUGGUGA